GUAGCUUUUUUGAUCCAUAGAAUGGGUAGUGGUGGUAAUGAUGAUGUGGGGUUUCAACACAGGUAUGAGAAUAUGAACUACCCAUCCUCCCAGAUGAACAAAGGGUCCUUGUCUGACAAGGUUGGAGUGAUGGCAAUGAGUUCAAUGUCAAUGUACAAGCCUUCAAAUGGUGCAGACCCUUUUGUUGGUUCUGGCUGGGUUUCAAAUCCAAUGGCUUCACUGAGUCAAAGUGAAAAUUUUGGUGGCUCUUCAAUGGUUUCUCAGGGUGAAUUUCCAAAUUCUCAUUACUCUGCUAUGAUGGAAAACCAAGGAAUUGCGGGUGCUUCCCACUUCUCCCAGUACCCAUCACAUUCAAGCUUUAUGGAGCUUAUGCCAAAGCAUCAGUGCUUUGGAAGUGGAAAUUUCUCAGAAAUUGUUGGCUCCUUCGGUGUACCUCAUUCCACCCAGAUUUUGAAUAGUGGGAUCCCUCCAGACUAUGUUCCAAAUCUGCAGGAGGGAGGACUUGAAAGGGCUUCAGCAAAUGGUACACAACCUAAUGACGAUCGCCAGGUUUCAGAAGAGGGAGCCAUAUGUGCUUCACCUAAUGAAAAGAAGAGAAAACGAGUAACUGAGUCAAACCCUACCAUGAAUUCAUCAAAGGAUGUUGCAGAGGAGCCUCAGAAAAAUCUUGCCGGAGAUUGCUCUGAUGCUCCAAAAGAACAGGAUGGGAAGAAGUUGAAAAUUGGUCAGAAUAAUGGUGCAAAUUCUCGUGGCAAGCAAGUUGUUAAACAGGCUAAAGACAGUUCUCAAAGUGGAGAAGCUACUAAAGAAAAUUAUAUUCAUGUGAGAGCCAGAAGGGGUCAGGCUACAAAUAGCCACAGCCUUGCAGAAAGGGUCAGAAGAGAAAAGAUUAGUGAGAGAAUGAGAUUGCUUCAGGAACUUGUUCCUGGAUGUAAUAAGAUUACUGGGAAGGCUGUGAUGCUCGAUGAGAUUAUUAACUAUGUCCAGUCACUGCAACAGCAGGUUGAGUUUUUGUCGAUGAAACUUGCCACUGUGAACCCAGAAUUGAACAUUGAUUUAGAGAGGCUUCUUUCUAAAGAUAUUCUUCAUUCACAGGGUGCAAGUGCAGCUUUUCUUGGAUUUGGACCUGGGUUAAACUUUUCUCACCCAUACCCUCCUGGAGUUCUUCCUGGAACCAUUUCAGGUAUCCCAAGUACAGGUCCCCCAUUUCCUUCCCUGCCUCAGGCUGCAUUAGACAAUGAGCUACACAAUCUUUUCCAAACGGGAUUCGAUCCCAGUUCAGCUAUGGACAGUUUAGGACCACAUGCUGGUCGAAUGAAAUCCGACCUUUGAUACUUGGAAACGAUAAAAAGAUAAAAAGAGCUUCAUUCUACCUAACAGAGUAUUCUUCAAGUUUGACCACAGAUGAAAAAACAAACAAAAAAAAAAAGAAGCUAGUUUCAGUGGACAACACAAAGCAUUCUUGGGAUGUAUAGGUUCUUUUAUAGCCCAAACUGUUUGUUCUCAAAAUUUUUAGCAAGAGAAUUUGACUUGUUAGCUUUACAAAUCAUGUAAAUUCAGAAGAAGAAAACAAGAGUUGAUUGAUCAUGCAUUCCUUUUAAUUGAAAAUUGUGGGUUGUGAAUUAGCU